AUGUCUGCUGCAGACGGUGAAUAUCAACCAGGCACUGCCGAUGCCACUCAAAACGACUACAAGUCACGAACAGGACAAAGCGAGAUCCCAGUCGUUUCUGAUGAGACGAGAAUCGAGGAUCCCAUUGACGGGAACACAGCGGACUCAGAUGAGCAACUAGCACGCGACGAUAAAGAUGCCAUUGAUCAAAGCAACAUCAUUGAAGAUCGGACCCGUGGGGCGAGCGCCAAGCAAGGUACCUAUCGAGAGCCUGGUGAUGAGGAAGGUCUAGGAGGAAAUGAUGGUCGUAGCCGUGUUGCCGGAGGACCAAAUUAG